AGCGCCAGGCUCGCCACGCCCCCGUGACGGCGCCGCGGCGCUCUCUGGGAAGUGUAGUUCGCGCCUGCGCUCGGUAGGCCGCCGAGGCCGAGGGUCUCCGGGCGGAAGCGUCCCACUCCUCCUGGGUCGCUAGGCGCGGGGGCGGGCUCGGCGAGGCGCAGGGCGGGCCGGGGCGCGCCCACCCCCGGCCCUUCCCCUCGUCCCUCGCCCCGGCCCCGCCUCCUCCCCCGCCGACCUCGGCCGCCGCCGCCGCCGCCGCCGCCGCGGAGGGUCGCGGCGCAGCUUGCGGGCGAGGAGCGGGCGCCCCGGGGCGCGCCGGAAGCUGAGAGCGGAGGCUGAGCCCGGGGAUGGCGCGCCAGGUGUCCAUCGCCUUCCAGGACCUGGCCGUGUGGUUCUCCAAGGAGGAGUGGCGGCUCCUAGGGGAGGGGCAGAGGGCGCUCUACCGCGACGUGAUGCGGGAGAACUAUGAGAUGCUGGUCUCGCUGGGGACAGCUGAGCUUCUUCCCCUCUCUGCCUUCCUGUCUCCCACAGAGCCUGGAGGAGCUAUGGGAGGCGGAAGCAGUGCUGAUGAGGGGCAGGAGCCUGCUAGGGAAGGCCCCUCGGGAGGAACUCCCCAGCACAGCCUGCACCUCACCGCCCUGGUGCAGCUGGUGAAGGAGAUCCCAGAGUUCCUGUUCGGGGAAGUCAGCCCCGAGAGUGGGGGAGCCAGCCUGGACGGGGAGCGGGCGAGCCCCAAGGCAGCUGUGGCCAUGGAGACUUGCCCUCUUCAGGGCCUGCUCGACUGCCUUCCGGACACACCUGUCAGCCGGCCCAGCCUGGCCACUACGCCCAGCGGCAGCUCAUCAUCCAGCGGCCCGUCCAGAGCCCAGGGACAGGGAAGCCCCCUCGUGCUCAAAACUGCUGACAGACCGAGGCCAGAAGAGGAGGAAGGCUCACGAACCCCGGUCAGGGAGCCCAGCCCUCCCGCCUGUGGCCUUGGCAGGAGGAAGAGCCACAGAAAACAGGAGAGAGGGACCUCGGCGCCAGGUGCCGCAGGAAUCUCUCCUGGGAACAGCCCCUUGCAAGGCCUCAUCAACUGCCUGAAGGACAUCCUCGUGCCUGGGCCCCAGCAUCCUGAGGCGUCUCCGAGCUUACUGCCUCCUGUCCCCGGCCUGUCACGGCUAACCAGGGCAGAGCUGGAGCCUGGGAGCCCGCCCUGGGGAGUGAAGUCGGAGGCAGUUUCAGGGGAUUGUCCCCUCCAAGGUCUGCUGAACUGUCUGAAGGAGAUCCCAGAGGCCCAGCUCAGGCAUCCCACCCCCUCAGGAGUAGGGGUUCCACAGCUGCCGGAGGAUCCAGGGGCCCGGAAAAGGAAUUCUGGAGGGCGCAGCCCUGGUCCCGGAGCUGGCAGCGUGCUCUCUGUGAAGAUGGAGGACGACUGGGCCCCAAGCCCCCCAGCGCCUGCAUCCUGUCAGCUCAGCAAGCGGACACACAGCCCCGCUGCCACUGGCGGCCCAGGGGGUGAUAGACACAGCAGGGGGCUCCAAGUGCCCAGCUGGGUCCCUGCGGCUCAAGCCGGCAGUGCCUCGAGCUCAGCCCUGGAAGCCCUGGAGGCCUGUCUGAAGGGCAUUCCCCUGAGUGGGUCGUUACCUCCCCAGCCGCCGACCACCUCUUGGUCUCGGAGCCCCCAGCCAGGAGACCCUGGGUCUCAGAGGCCCCAGCUGCAGCCCCUUGGAUUACACAGCAAAGAGGCAACCAUGGGGCCCCUUCUGGCUCUGGGCCUGCAGGGCUCUGUGAGAGACAGCCCUGCCCUCCUCCCAGCCCUCCACGGCACCCCCACCAGCUUCUCCUCGUCCAGCAGCACCGAUGGGGACCUGGAUUUCCAGAGCCUUGAGAGCAGCCAAGUACGUCCACCUGGAAAAGGAAGCCCAGUGGGAAGCUCCCCGCUCCAGGGCCUGGAGAACUGCCUCCGAGAGAUACCUGUGCCCGGGCCUCAGCCUGCCUGGUCCUGGUCCUCGGCAGGGGACAGGGGGCCACGGAGAGCAGAGGCCAAGAACUGGACGGCAGACACGGAAGGGCUGAGGGGCGAGGCCUGUGCGCCAGCCCGUCUAGGACAGCGCAGCGGGGGAGUGCCCACCAGGAGCGUCCAGCUGGCUAGCCCACAGGCUCUCACCUCUAGUAGCGUCCCUGCCUGCUGUCAGCGAGGGCUCAAAGACCAUGGGGCCAUCAGGCCGGGACCCGGGAGGUGGCUCCAAGAUGGGGUGGCCACCAAGCCCUCCCCACUCCACUGCCUGGAGAACUCUCUGAAGGGGAUCUUGCCUGGGCGGCCCCUGCGCUUCGCCUGCUUGGCCGGCCCCGGCUCUGGCCCUGGCCCCAGCUCCAGCCCCAGCCCCGGCUCCAGCUCGAGCUUCAGCAGCUCCGAAGGAGAAGACCUGAGGCUGGAGCCUGAGCUCUGGCAGCCGCUCCUGCAGGAGAGGGGCCGCCUUCCCAGCUGCAAGGGUCCUGGCCCUCCGUCCCUGCGCCCUGGCGGUGCCCCCGCUGGCAGCAGCCCUGGUGAAGUUCCAAGGAGAGCAGAGCCCAGGGACCCCUGUGGUCUCAGUGCAGCAGGAAAAGGAGAAGAGAAGACGGGACACAGGUCCCAGUCGCCCUGGAGAGAAGUGCACUCAGAGACACUGGGCCGGCCAGGCCCCCUGGGCAGCACUGGAGGAGAGGCAGCUGUGAAUCCCAGCCCUGCCCCUCAGCUGGAGAGAAAGCCCCGGCCGGGACCUUGCCGGCCUCCUGGGCCAGCCCAUGGGUCCCUAUCCUGGAAGCCCAGCGUUAGUGAAGAAUCCAGGGGCCUGGGGCCUGGAAGCGGAAGACCAAGUGUUGCAGCCAGGACCAACGGGAGACUGCUUCCCAGAGGCCUGCCUGAGCCAUCGCCUGUGGCCCCCAUCCCUCCGGCUUUGCCACUUGCCUCUCCGCGGCCACCCUGCCCCUGUGGGAGUUCCCUGCAGCAGGAGCUCCGUAGCCUCAGCGCUGCCCUGUCAGAGAAGCUCGAGCGGCUCGCUGCGGCCCUGGCAGGCCUGUCUCAGGAAGUGGCCACCAUGAGGACCCAGGUGGAUCGGCUGGGGAGGCGCACGCGGGGCCCUGGGCCAAAGGGCCAGGCUUCCUGGCCGUGGGCCCUCCCCCGGGGGCCUCGCUGGGCUAACGGCCCCGCCCACAGACACCUGCCCUACUGGAGACAGAAGGCCCCCACCCGGCCGAAACCAAAGGUCCUGCGCAGCCAGGCCGAGGCCUGCAGGGCUGGCAACUCCUCAGGCCUCUCCAGCGGAAGGCUCCGCCCAGUGCCUCCACUACCUCCAGACACCCCCCCAGCAGAACCUUCUGGACCCAAUACCAGCCCUUCCCAGCAGCCCCUCUCCUCAGCAUGCAGCUGCUGUCCUGUGCUAACUGUGCACGCCCACCUCGGACACACUGGGGGCCAGCAGAGCCCCACGCCCCCUUCAGUGCCUGCUGUCUUACCCUCCCCGACAGCCUCUCCUGCAGCCCGCUCAGAGGCGGAGCUGUGGGCUGCGGCAGCUGCACCAGCCGGACCCCUAAACCUGCCGAAGGCUCCAGACAGCCUGCUGGCAGGGGCCUGCAGAGCCCUGCAGGAGGAGCUGUGGGGUGGGGAAUGGAGGGGCCCGAGCUGGGGGGCCCCUGACCGCCUUCUUCACCAGCGCAGUCCUGCCCAGGAUGCUCCGCCUGCGGCCGCUGCUCCUAGGGACCAUCCGACCCCCUCACCCCACUCCAGCCGAACCUUCCCCACUUCUGGGCCGUGAAGGGGCUGGAGUUCCGCCACUGGCCUGACUGCCCGACUCCAGGAUGCUCUUUGCUCAGGGAGGCUGUAUUUGGGGUGCAUUCCUCAGCCGCGCUGCUGGCCUUGCCUCAGGUUCAUUCAGAUGUUGCCCCCCCCCCCGCCUUCCUUCCCACUGGAACUGCCGAAGCUGGCAGGCCGGUGGUGUGUGUACACGCACGCACACACUCGUGUGCCUGGGGCACUUCAAGCAGCUGCAGAGGGGUCGUGAGAGCCCCUCGUCCUAACAGCUGCCCCCAUCUCAGCGCAGAGGAGGGCGUGGCCUUGCCUUCCUGGUAACUGUGGGCAUAGCUUUCGUCUGGGGAGAGCUCUGCCCUGUGGCCUAAGCUGGAUUCACCCGUGUGGAUUCCAAAAUGAAAGAAGGUUGUUGCUAAGGGAGGGGCCCUUGGUUCCUACAGAAGGCUCAGGCGGGCUACCCCAGGGCGUGGCCGAUUGGUUAUGCUACCAGUCCUGGGGAUGAGGUAGCCCACUGCCUGCCCUCCGAUACCCUGGAGAGAAUUCAGCAAUCUGCCUAUGGCUGGAGGCUCGGCUGCGGGAUGGACUCCCCCAGUGACUCCCUGGGAAGGAGUGGCGCACAUUGUGUCAUGGCGGCACAUUGGGGCACUGUAACAGAGUGCCACAGACGUUUACUUUCCCUGUGGUGGGGGCCGAAAGUCCAAGAUGAAGAUGUCAGUGGGGUUGGUUCCUUCUGAGGCUGUGAGGAGUCUGCUCCAGCCUCUCUGCUUGGCUCAUCAGUGACCAUCUUCAUGUUCACGUGGCGGGCGUUCUCCCUGUAUGCGUGUCUCCAAAUUUCCCCUUUGUGUAAGGACACAGUCAUUGGACCAGGGUCACCCUGAUGCCCUCACUUGAACCGUAUUCUGUGAACACCCUGUGUCCAAAUAGGGUCAGAUGUAGGGGUUAUGACUCCAACAUAUGAAUUUAGAGGGGACACAUUUCAACUUGUAACACAUAUAAGGGACUGGGCUCGUUGUCUUGGGUUCAUCUUGGGAGAAGAAAGUGUGACCAAGGUGUCACUAGGCCUGCUUUCCUGGUGGCCAGACGGCCUGCUCUGGGCCCUGCCUCUCAGAUGGCGCGGCCGCGUGGCGGUGCAUCAGUAACAGCCUGCCUGUCGCUUCUCCACCUUGUUUCCUCCCCCAGGGUCAGAGCUCUUCCGUGAACCUUGUGUUCCUGAGUUCCUGAUUUGAGGAGUCUUUGGGACUCUGUGUACACGUGCUGCCUGGGAAAGACUGGCCUGGCAUAGACUGGCAGGUGGCUCUGCUGUCAGGGAACCCGGGGCCCAGAAGAGGCUGUAGCCACAGCAGCUGCACAAGCAGUACCUUGUGGCUGCUGUGCCCGUUGUGCCCCUAAAGUCAGGGUCUUUGGGGCCACACACAGGGCCUGGCCUGUGCCCUUCACUGCAGCAGGCUGCUGAUGCAGACUGUCACAAAGAGGGGACGUUAAAAUGUUUUCAGGACUGGAAUAAGUCCCAAGCUGACUGUCUUAGAAGCUAAUGUCUGAGAUCAUGUAAGUAGGACGUUUAAAGUAAGUGGUCUUCACGUCUAGCCAUACUUGAUAGAGAAUAAGGAGCGGAAGAGUUCUAGGCUUUCCGCUCAUGAAGACCUCAGGAAGAUGAGUCCAGCUCCUUUUCAAGCUGUGCAGGGAGCGACGCUGGGCACGUUUUAGAGCCAGUAGACAGGGUAGGACAGGACCCUGAGGAGGGUGCCACCCUCGGGAGCAGCGGCCCUGGCAGUGAGGAGGAGAGUUCUGUCCACUCCUGCUCGGCCCUCCUGUCCGGCCUGGCUGGCCUGCAUUCUCCUCUCCUCGCCCUUCCCAGCAGGGGUGGUGGGAGGUGGUCUGCCAUCCCCCUUCAUAUGGCAGUUUAAGGUUUUGUUCUGUGGAAUUUACAAACAUCAGCCAUCGCACAAACCCUCUGCAGCAGACAUAAAGGAGCAAACGAGCUCAGAGGGUGUCACUUGCUCACGAUCACACAGCUUUUGACUGAUAGUUGAGAAGGGUGCUGUGCUUGGCAGCCCUGGCAUGUCCCCUCACAGCCGGGGCCCAGCUCCUUCCAACCCCCGCCUGCUGCGCAGACGACGAUGCGCAGAGUGUCCCCAGGUUCAGUAGUCCACAUCCAAUCGGACCAUAUACGAAGUUCAAUCCUUUUUUUUUAAGAAUGUGGAAAAUAAGUAAUAAAAUUUUAAGAAGCUCCCCACUCCGCAGUCAUGUUUGUCCCACAGGAGUUAGUUUCCCAGGCCCUGUCCCUUGCCACACGAAGAAAACCCUUUCACAACUGUUCACUGAAAAGCCUUCUAGAGUCACUGAUCGGGUGAAAAAUCUGUGGAGUUUAGGACUGUGUCCUUUUCCUUCACCUACUUCAUGGGGUGGUUUGAGGAGGAAAUGUCACUUUGAUGGGAGAAACUGAGGGACCUUUUGAACUCAGGGGUUCUGGGGGUCUGGGAGUAGGGGGCAGAGAAGGCUCUGGCUCUGCCUGCCGCCAUGCUGGAAGGAGCCAGAAGACGUCCUGGAAGGAGCCAGAAGACGCUCCUGGCCAACCUCUCCCCACGGGGCUCGCGUCAGGGGCCCUUGAAGUGCUCUGUCUCCACCUUCCUCUGUCAGGCGGGGAAAGGGGGAGGGUCCCGCUUCCACCUGUCAGAGUCAGAGAAGACGCCCCCUCCCCCCCAUUUCCAGGGCUCCCCCGAGGGGUCCAGUGGAAGGGAGGCCGCCAUGGGGUUGGGGUGCAGGGGCCACAGUUCACUUCCUCCACUCCUGAUGUCACUGCUCCCUCCUAAGGACCUUGGGCACCUGGCAGACCAGACUGUUCACUCUCAACUUUUUUGUGUGUUGUGUUUUAGAUGUGGCUUCUGUAGACAGCCUGUAGUUGGAUUUUAGUUUUUAAUUCAGCUUGACAAAUUUUGUUCCUUCCUUGGAGCCCUUAAUCCAUUUCCAUGUAACAUGAUUACUGACAUGUUUAUCAUCCUA